UUAUAUAUAUGUGUCUAAAUGGGAGCUCUCAUUCAAAAAUUCUAUACGUUAACUACUUGAGAACUGAUAUUUUCUUUCUUACUCACCUCUCACUCUCUCAACACUAACGAAAUUUGCCAGAGAAGAACUUCUCUGGUUCAACUGAGAUUAUACAGAGAUGGAGAUGUCCAGGUUCAGGCUUCUUCCCUUGGUGAUACUUUUGUUUCUCUGUCAUGCAUGUGUUGAUGCCGACGAGACAAACCACCAGCAGAAGACGUACAUCAUUCACAUGGACAAGUCCGAUAUGCCCGCAAGUUUUGACGAUCUUGAGCAGUGGUACGACUCAUCUUUAAAGUUGGUGUCGGCCUCUGCCGAAAUGCUAUACACCUACAAUAAUGUCGUCCAUGGCUACUCUGCGCGCCUGACAUCUGAGGAAGCAAGGUUGCUUGAAGAGCACCCGGGUGUUCUAUCAGUCCAAGAAGAAGUACAAUAUGAACUUCAUACGACUAGAUCACCUGAGUUCCUUGGACUUCUCACUGACAAAACUCUACCUGUGUCUAACAGGAUGAGUGAGGUUAUCAUUGGUAUGAUAGACACUGGUGUCUGGCCUGAAUCAAGAAGUUUUCAUGACAAGGAACUCAGUCCAGUCCCGAGGGGCUGGAAGGGCGAGUGUGAAGUGGGCAAGACCUUUUACAAAUCAAGCUGUAAUCGCAAACUCAUUGGAGCGAGGUAUUUCUCGAAAGGGUAUGAAGCAGAAAGAGGACCAAUUAACGAGACACAUGUAUCAAAAUCACCAAGGGAUGAUGACGGCCACGGAACACACACUGCAACCACAGCAGCUGGAUCAACUGUUGUUGGAGCAAGCCUCUUUGGUUAUGCUGCAGGUACAGCACACGGAAUGGCAAAAUAUGCCAGAUUAGCAGUAUAUAAAGUAUGCUGGCUCGGUGACUGUUUGAGCAGCGAUAUACUAGCAGGUAUGGAGAAGGCAAUAGAAGAUGGUGUUAACAUACUUUCAGUGUCUCUAGGUGCCUCAACCAUUGAUUACUUCCGAGAUGCUAUUGCAAUUGCGGCGUUCACAGCAACAUCUAGAGGAAUCUUUGUUUCGUGUUCGGCUGGAAAUGAUGGGCCCUUCCAUGAAAGCUUGUCAAAUGUUGCACCAUGGAUAACUACUGUAGGUGCCGGAACUAUAGAUCGUCAAUUUCCAGCAUACAUUACCCUUGGAAAUGGAAAAAAGUUCACUGGAUCAUCGCUCUACAGUGGAAAACCAUUACCCAGUUCCUUUACGCCACUGGUGUUUGCUGGUAAUGUUAAUAGAACAUUCGACGGUAAUCUGUGCUCCCCUAAAAGUCUGAUUCCAGGAAAAGUCAAGGGGAAAAUUGUGAUCUGUGAUCGUGAUGGCUAUGGAAUGGCAAGUCAGGGUUUGGCAGUGAAAGAUGCCGGCGGCAUUGGGAUCAUUAUAGCAAAUACUGAAUUUGAUGGAAGAGAGCUGGUUGCUGAUGCACAUUUCAUCCCUGCAGCAACUGUUACUUAUACAGCGGGUGAUAUCAUAAAAAAGUAUGCCUUAACUGAACCUAAUCCGACAGCCACGAUUGCAACUGGAUACACAAAGGUGGGUGUCCAACCAUCACCUGUUAUAGCUCUUUUCAGUUCCCGAGGACCAAACCCAGUCACAAAAGAUGUACUUAAGCCUGAUCUGAUAGCACCCGGUGUUGAAAUCCUAGCAGGAUGGACCAGAAAAGUUGGACCGACAGAAUUGCCAGAAGAUACUCGGCAGGUGGAUUUUAACAUAAUUUCUGGUACUUCAAUGUCAUGCCCACAUGUAAGUGGAUUAGCAGCACUAAUCAAGGCUGCCCAUCCAGAAUGGAGUCCUUCAGCAAUUAGAUCGGCAUUGAUGACCACAGCUUAUAAUACGUAUAAGAACGGACAACGCAUUCAAGAUCUUGCAACCGGAUUGCCCGCAACCCCAUAUGAUUAUGGCGCCGGACAUGUGGACCCCACAUCAGCCCUUGACCCAGGUCUUGUCUAUGAUGCCACCAUUGACAAUUAUAUAGACUUUCUUUGUGCCAUAAACUAUAGUUCAAGUAUGAUCAAAACUAUCACAAAACAAGAUCAUUCUUGCAAGAACGGUAAGAAAUACAGAGUGGGAGAUCUCAACUACCCCGCUUUUUCUGUUCUUUUCCGGAUGGCCUCAGGCAAGGGUCGUAAAAGUAGUGCACCAAUAGUUGUCAAAUACACAAGAACACUAACCAAUGUGGGCAACCCAGCAACUUACAAAGUUUCACUCUCUAAGGAGACAAAGGCAGUGAAGAUCAUGGUUGAGCCAAAAGUGCUUGCUUUCAGCAAACCAAAUGAGAAAAAAAGAUUCACAGUGACAUUCACCGCAAGGUCCAUGCCCCCAGGCACAACCAGAUUUGAUUAUCUGAAAUGGAUGGAUGGAAAGCACAUUGUUGGCAGCCCAAUUGCGUUUAGUUGGUCAUGAUUUAAGCACUACAAACUCCCACGUAAAAAUGUAUGACCAUUCUAUAUAUUUAAAUAGUAAAUAACCUGGGUCAUGAAUUU